ACUCCCUCCGGAUGUUCCUCUCCGAGCGUCAAAGCGGCGAAGGGGGCGGAGUUGGAGAGCGCGCAGCCCAGAGCGCACAGGACGCACAGCCCUCCUGAGCCUUGUUGAUAUUGGCAACUCCGUCCUUUCACGGGAGGUUAUGGCUGGAGUCUUUGCAAGGAGAGGAGAGAACAACGCGGAUUAUCUGACAGAAACGAUGCGUUAAAGUGCGCAGUGCGUUUAUUUGGAACGUUUUUACGCACCAACUGCGAUGAGCUCUAAAUCAGGAAGGCGCUGAACCUGCCACAAUGUCUCACGCACAAGUUGAAAUACCCGGACGCGGUUUCCCAGGCCUCUCCAUGGAUAUGACCGACGACUGCUUGUCCCGGGUCCCAUCCGUGCUCAGGACGCACGGCUUGGGCGCACGGAGGAACUCUUAUGGGCUCCAGAAAAUUAGUAUGGACAUCGAUUCGCCUCUAUACAGUGGCGCCCUCUCCAAAGCCUUGUCCUGGUCCGCUGAGAAUAUCCUAACGCUAGCCGAGUCCAGAGCAGAGGACGAGAAGACGGACGACACCUCUGCGUCGCCCGUUUCCAGCCCGGGGACCAGCUCCAACACCCCCCCACGCAGCCAGGAGCCCGACGCCGGGUCCCUCGGCGGGAAGUGGGAGCCCAGAGCCGCCGCUCAGGACGCCAGCUCGGACUCUGAAAAUGAGCUUCACAGCAAACAGCACAAGAUCUUGUCCCGCAUCACGUUUGACACCCAGUGGGAGCAGGAGGAGAAGGAGGACGUGGAGACCAAAGCGGUGGCGACGUCUCCUGAUGGACGGUACCUCAAGUUCAACAUUGAGCUUGGAAGGGGGUCUUUCAAGACGGUCUAUAAAGGACUGGACACGGAGACCACAGUGGAGGUGGCCUGGUGUGAGCUACAGACCCGUAAGCUGACCAAAGCGGAGAGGCAGCGUUUCAGCGAGGAGGUGGAGAUGCUAAAAGGGCUGCAGCAUCCGAACAUCGUACGCUUCCACGACUCCUGGAAGUCGACGGUAAAAGGCCACAAAUGCAUCAUCCUGGUGACCGAACUCAUGACGUCAGGCACGCUCAAGACGUACCUGAAGAGGUUCAAGGAGAUGAAGCUGAAGCUGCUGCAGCGAUGGAGUCGUCAGAUCCUCAAAGGGCUUCACUUUCUGCACACUCGCACUCCCCCCAUCAUCCACCGGGACCUCAAGUGCGACAACAUCUUCAUCACCGGCCCGACUGGCUCCGUCAAGAUUGGAGAUCUGGGGCUGGCCACUCUCAAAAGUGCCUCUUUUGCUAAAAGUGUCAUUGGAACACCAGAGUUCAUGGCCCCGGAGAUGUACGAGGAGAAGUACGACGAAGCCGUGGACGUCUACGCCUUUGGAAUGUGCAUCCUGGAGAUGGCCACCUCCGAGUACCCGUACUCCGAGUGCCAAAACGCCGCCCAGAUCUACCGCAAAGUCACCAGUGGCAUUAAACCCGACAGUUUCUACAAAGUCAAAGUCCCCGAACUCAAGGAGAUCAUUGAGGGCUGCAUUCGCAUGAACAAGGAUGAAAGGUACACCAUCCAGGACCUCCUGGAUCACCCCUUCUUCCAGGAGAACAACGGCGUGCACGUGGAGCUGGCGGAGGAGGACGACAUGGUGAAGUCGGGCCUGAAGCUGUGGCUGCGCAUGGACGACACCAAGAAGCUGCACGGGAAGUACAAGGACAACAACGCCAUCGAGUUCCUCUUUGAGCUCUACAAAGACGUGCCUGAGGAGGUGGCUCAGGAGAUGGUCGUGCUCGGCUUCGUGUGCGAGGCCGACUUCAAGCUGGUCGCCAAGGCCAUACGGGACCGAGUGACGGCCAUCAAGCGGCAGAGGGACAAGCUGAGGCGGCAGGCGGAGGAGAGGAAGAAGAAGCAGGCGCAGGAGGCCAUAGAAGAAGAACCGGAGAACAAAAGCGGCGAUGUUGUGGCAGCAGAGUCCCCGACCCCGGCCCUGACGCCUCCGGCCCCCAUACUGUCCCCUGUGACCAGCUCUGUGGACUCCGGCGUCAGCUCCAGCUACCCCGCAGAGCCGGAGGAGCCCGAAGCCGACCAGCACUUCCACGUCCGACACAACAGCCUGUCUUCUGCAAACUCUGACUGCGAGACGGACGGCUAUCUGAGCUCCUCCGGGCUGCAGGAUCCGCUGGAGGCCGGCGGCUUCAACACCACCCCUCCCACCACGCACAGCAACCCCCCGGCUGUAAACGGCCUUCCCAUCCCGGCCCUCCGCUUCCCCUCGAGUAUUGCCGUAUCCAACAACAUAGAACAUGGAAACUCUGGACUCCCGAGUGGCUUCAACUCCCCUGUGGACAGCUACGCCUCCGAUGUGACUUCUGGCCUGAGCGACGGCUACGAGGGCCUAUCGGAGAAGAGCGAGAAAACGGCGGCGAGACGGACCGCCGGGAAGCUGUUCAGGAGGAGAGCGCGCUCACGGCUGCGCAUCACCGGGCUCUCUGAUAAAGUGGACCGAGUGGUGGAGUGCCAGCUGCAGACGCACAAUGACAAGAUGGUGACUUUUAAGUUCGACCUGGACGGAGACAAUCCGGAAGACAUCGCUGCUGUCAUGGUACAUAAUGAGUUCAUCCUGCCGUCAGAGAAGGAGGGCUUCAUCCACCGUAUGGGUGAUAUAAUCAAACGGGCCGAGGCUCUGAUGACCAAAGACCAGCCGGUCCACUCUGGCGGACACCGACUGGCCCAGCCGGUGUUCCACGGCGGCGUGAACUCCUUGUCUUCCUCUCAGCCUAAUCUGCACAGUCACACCCUGCCUCGGACCCACUCCUCCUCCUCUCUGCCUGACUACAGUGGUUCUAACCCCAGCGUAGGGGUACGUGGCUCUCCCCCAUGCCCCAAUGGAGAGGUCUUCAAUGCAGACAUUACUUCACCUGGGCGACCUCUAAUACGCUCACAGUCUUUCCACAACGCCCCAGGUUCUCCCCUCCAUUACCAGCAGCACCACCACCCUGCAUCCCUCCUGCCCCACCACCAGCACUACCACUUGCCCUUUAUGGGCCACACUCACUUCCCGUUCCCAUAUCCGGGCUCUCCGGGCUCAUCGAAGCCGGCAGGGAUCCAUCCUCCCCUCACACGUGUCGCCAGUAACCCCACCUUCCCUUCUGUUCCCUCCCCGGCCCCCAGCUCCCCCAGUCCUAAGAAUGAAACUCCCAGCCCCGUUAGCAGUGAGGGUGUUACCCUGCCCCCACCUGCCCCUCAGCACCCCAACAUGUGGCCCCCCCACACACAGCCCCUGUUCUCCUUGGCUAACGUGAUCUCCAUGGCGAUGAGCAUGGCCCAGUCUUUCAUCCCCCCCACCAGCCUGUCCACCCAGGUGAUGCCCUCCUUUCCAGGUUUUCACCCCCAGCUGCCCGGCCCCAUGAACCCUCAGUCAGGCUACCCCUCCGUCUACCCCCAGCACUACCAGACUCCGCCACUAGAGGUCUCUUACCCGGCGGCGGGCGGCGUCUACCACACCCCCGAACAUCAGAUGGACGGUUUCCACCAGAGCGCUCAUCCACAGUGGCCGCCUCACGUCUCUCCUCCCUCCAUGCCCUCCACUCCUCCGCUGGUUCCUCCAGAACCUUCGCAGCCGGUUGGACUCCCCGGUUCCCCCAGCCGGACCAACCAGGACCACAGUUACGCAGCUCCAUACCCGGCUCCUGAGGCUCCAGCUCCGGCUGCCUUCAGAUCAGAAGUCUCCAUUUCAAGCUCCUCAUCAGAUCUUUCCCCGUCACCUUCAGAGAGCCCAGAGAACACCUUAUCAUCCCUCUGCAGUCCGUUGCACCCCUCUGUACCCAACAUGAAUGCAAGCAGCUCCAACCUGAAGGCCUCUUCCACUGAAUUUGAAGUUCAGUCGGCUCCGGUGACCGUUGGGAGAUUCCAGGUGACGCCGAGCAUGGACAUCCCUCCUCCUGCUGCUGCGCCGACGGUUGCCGCUCCUGCUGCACCUCAGGCGGCCGACGGAGGCAGCACCCAGUCGGAGAGCAGCACCGAGGAGCAGGGGGAGUCCGAGACCAGCCUGGGCACCUCCCUCACCAUGUCCCCUCCUCACCCACAGUUCCACAGAGGCUCCACGGGGGUCCUGCAGGAGGUGGAUGGGCAGCCGGGGUGGGCGGCCAACCAGCAGGAGCAGCAGCAGGUCAGGGAUGAGGAGGAGGAGGAGGACGAAGAGGAGGACGAGGAGGAGGAGGAGGGCGAGGAGGAGGUGGUCGGGGAGAGGCCGAGGGUGAGGAAGAGGAGUCGGAGGAGAGCGUACAGCCUCAGCCUGCUGGGAACGUCGGCCGACAGCGGGCUCUCGGUGACGGCGGCCGAGGCGGAUGGGAGGCUGUGGGACGGAGCGGCAGGAAGCCCUCAGUACAGCAACGCCCUGCACCACCUGUGGAUGAUGACCUACAGCCGCAGCGCCCCCUACCUGAGCAGCGACGACUCGGACAGCGACGACUCCGACAUGCUGGACGAGCUUCAGGAGCUCAGGGAGAAACAUCUGUCUGAGGUGCAGGCCCUGCAGGCCGCCCAGAAGAGGGAGAUUGAGGAGCUGUAUGAGCGGAUGGGGAAGGUUCCUCCUCCGGGGAUCGUCUCUCCUGCUGCUAUGCUGUCCAGUCGACAGCGCCGGCUCUCCAAAGGAAGCGGCUUCCCUUCGUCUCGCAGGAACAGCCUCCAGCGUCUGGACAUCCUGCCGCUCCAAGGUAUCAUCAGGAGGAACUCUCUGGGAGGCAGCAGCAGCGGCUCACAGGAUAAACCCAGCAAAGGCGUCACCUUCGCCACUGACAUCAGUAGAAUGUAAGAAGCUCUCAGCCAAGCUCGCUGUGUAUCUGGACUACCUCAUCUGAAGUGUGACUGCAGUGGUCAAAGAUGGCUUUAACCCUUUCUUCACUGGCACACCGAUCUGCUCCCCUCCCCCCCCGCCAGUGGUCACAAAGUUCUCCCGGUGGUCACUUACCUCAAAUGUACAGAAACUGUCAUGAGUACGGCUGGAUGCACACAGGAACCGUAACAUCUGGCGUUCAGCCCUUCGUCAGAUCUGGUGAAUCUGUUGCAGCUGAAGCACGGAACACCAACCAGUCUGCUUUCACGUUAAAAGAUCUUUUUUUGUCUUGCUUUCUUGUAAAUAAGCGGUUCGGUCGUCAGCACUCUGCAAGACGUCCCAUCGGAGGCUCCUUUAAAUGUUUUCUCUGAGCAAACUUUUUGCGUUAACGCAGUCAGGCGAUGGUCCGGAGUGCUGCAGGGCUUUGUGGCGCUCGCAUCGGUUUUUGACCCAGAACGACGACGUUUUCCUGCUUGUCUGACUCUCUGCUGUUUAUCUGAGCACAGUACCGUGAACCACAGUGAGGCUCCGACACCUUCACUUGUUCUACACCUUAUUGGCUGUAGUUUGUUGAUGAUGACGUCUCAGCAGCUCCUGACUGCACGGUGAAGACGUUCUAUACUCUCAUUCAGUAGAGCUGUGAUUUUUUUGCCUUUCCAGAGGCUGCCGAGGACAGUCUAGAUGCAUCGUACAGUUUGAUGCAGUCACAUACGUGUUGUUUUUUUGUAAUUCUAGCUUUGGUUUCUUCUGUGAUUUGGACACCUGACAGGAUGACCGGCAUUCUCUUGACUCACAACAUUUUCUUAUGCAGUAAAAACGACUUUUCUCUGUUGUGUAGUAGUAUUGGAUAUUAUUUCUAUCACCUCAGACAGCCACAGCAUUAAAACCUCCUGCUGGAUAGUGUGUAAGACAUCAACACGUGAAUGUUGAUGGUGUUUGGCACCUGGACGUUGGUGGUGGAUCCUUUGAGUCCUGUAAAUUGUAAUGUGGGGCUUUCACAGAUCAGGUUUGUUCUGUUCUGUCACACGGAUGCUCCAUCAGAUUAGUGAGAAGUCUGGAGGCCGAAGGAACAGUUUAGGCUUUUCAUUUUGGUCUUUUUAGGAUAUCAGUCUUCCAGGUUCUGCAGAAGGCGACUGGACCUCUCAUCAAGGGGUUUCCACAGAUCUAACUGGAUCAUGUAUAGUCCUAGAUAUGUAUAUUUUCACAGCAAAAUCCCACGGCUAAAUGUCCAAUUAAAAACCCAAGGCUAACAUGUCUUCAUGUGGAAAUGGUUGUAAAUCUGCCAGGUGAAGGAUGAAGGUAAAACUUUGUGGAGGAAGAGAACUCAAGCCUGCAGUAAAAGCAGCCAAUAAGUGGUGUCCUAGACCACCUUCUGUGUUUAGAGAUGGAUGUUCUAGCCUCACGGAGUUCCAUAAAGUCCUCCAGUGGUGUUCUGCAGAAGCUCCUAGAAGUUUUGUGGUUUUGUUGGGUGCAUUGUUCAGUUUAGACCCAAGGUUUCCCAGCAGAUCGUUGCUUUGUAAUGAAAUAAUGUUAUUUAAUGCUGUGGCUGAUUGAUGUGAGACCAGAUAGAAAUGUUGGAGAAGAAGAAUUAAAUGGGGAAAAGUUUGGUUAAAUUGUCCAGAAGCAUAGAAAAAAAUCACACGUUUUCAAAUCCUAUAGUUGGUUAAAAAUGGGGCGAAAAAAUGAUAAAAAUAGGAUUUCUUCAUAUUGAUUAGUUGUGAAAAAUCCACCUAGACUACUGGCGUUCCUGUCGACUGUACAUGUGUAUAUAAUAGAACGCAUUUAUAGAUCAUGUUUACAGGUUAUGAGUAAACUAAAUAUUUCUGCUACCUUAAUUUGUUCUCAAGCAAAAAUCAUAUUUGUCGCUUGUUCCAUAGAUCAAGCACCUUGUGCACUUUAGCAAAUUCAAUUCUAGCUCUGAAUCUUUUAACACGUUUGUGUUUAAAACUGUUCGCUGGAGGAAGAGCUCGCAGGUUUCCAGUUAUUUUUCCUUAUGGGAGGUAGAGAAUAUUCUCCACUUUAUUUUCUGAUCAUACUGGAUCACAGUAACGAUGAUCUUUUCUCCCACGGUUUGAAAUAUUGACUUUAAUGUGGGAUGUAGAGAAUUCAGCCCAAAGCUGUGAAUCUGUAGCUGUUGCCUUAUAAAAUAUUCACAACACACUGAAUUUCCUGGCAGUCAAACUUCUAUAAUAUUCAUAAUAUAUUCAAAGGAAAGUUUCAUUUCAAAAAUUUGAAUGUAAAUAUAUAUAAUUGUAUUGCUUUCUGAAGCUGCUGUCCUGCCAUGCUGAAUCUGUGCCUUUCCCUUACAAUGUCUUAUUUUAUAUUUUUACUCUUACGAUUUGGUGGCAAGAUCAGACUCUAUAUAUUAAAUUUUGACAAAAAUAAAUGCAAGUGUAAAUACCACA